UUGAACAGAAGAACUAUCUGGUCUAGACAAUGUAUUAAAAAAGACCCUACUUUGUUUAUACUUAUUAAAUUGUCAUUAAUUUGACACAACACCCAAAAAUUAUCAAGAUCUUUUUUAUCAAAUGGGCUACUUAGUUAGUUUUGGGCAAAAUUUAAUACAUUACAGGUUCUUACAGUGAUUAUUAAGUUACUGAAUGGCAAGAACAAACGAGCACAACAAAAAUUUGAGUGAACCAAAAACUAUGAACAUAUUAAAAUACUUUUCCAUUAAAUGCCUAAGUAUUAUGUUUACAUUAAGCCUGCUGUCUUUUAUUACAAGUUUAAUUGUUGGAUUGUUUGUAAUACCUCUACUUACGAGAAAUAAGGUGGCAGGGUCGGUGUCUCUUGAGGAAGGAACAAAGCAAUGGAAUAGAUUUAUAGAAUUACCAUUUCCUACCGAUUUUAAAGUAACUGUUUUUGAAGUUACCAACCACUAUGAAGUUGUAUAUAGUGGGGCCAAACCUGAUGUGAAAGAAAUUGGUCCUUUUGUGUACAAACAAAGAAGGCGAAGGAGUGUUAUUUAUAUUAAUACAGAUCAAGACACAGUCUCCUAUCAACAAUAUUUAAGUUUUAAUUUUUCUAGACAAGAUUCAGUGCUUAAUGACGAUACGGAAGUACAGGUGCUAAAUCCAAUUUUAUGGACAACUAUAGAUCAAACCAGUGAUGACCAACAAUUGGACCUUAAAAACAACAUACAUAGAAUUUUUCAAAAUAUCAACGACAUAUUUGUAAAAGUGAAAAUAAAAGAUUUGUUAUUUGAUGGCAUACAAUUUGCAAGAGGCACUGACUGUGACCAUGCAGAAGGUGACUCCAAAAUUAAAUGUACCACACUUCUUAGGCAAAUCCAAAUAAACGCUCGUAAAUUAAAAACCGUACGAGAAUAUAAUGGCGUACAUUAUUUUUCGUAUUUUGGAUAUAAAUUACUCUAUAAUGAUGACAUCUUCACUGUCAAUCGGGGAAUAAAAAAUCCUUGGCUAUUAGGGUCAAUUCGGGAGUGGAACAAGAACAGGCACACGAAUUUUUGGGGUACCUUGAAGACUGUAAACGAUGAAGUUUGCUCUAAAAUACGAGGAACUGAUGGAUCGAUAUUUUCGCCAAAUAUUGAGAGCAAAGAGAGACUAGAUGUACUCGUUCCCGACUUAUGCAGAGUGAUACACGUUGAUCAAAAGUCAUUCGAAGUUUACAAAGACGUAAAAGCUUUUAGAUUUGAAGCCCCAAACAAUUUAUUCAGAAGAGCCACUUCAGCAGAGGAAACAGACUGCUAUUGUGUGAAGAAGACUAAUGAUGCGUAUGGCGAACCCAGUUGUUACUUGAAUGGAGUAAUUGAUUUGCAAACAUGUGUAGGUGCUCCCAUUUUAUUAUCCCUGCCUCAUUUUGUUUCGGCUGAUAAGUCAUACGUCGACAAAGUUACGGGGCUUAAUCCAAAUCCGGAGAAGCACACGCCAUUCUUCCUUAUAGAAGCGAACACGGGUACCGUACUGAAAGGUGCCCAACGUAUUCAACUAAACAUGGUGCUAAGGCCAACUGGGCACAUGGAUACAAUUUCUAUAGCCAGAGCUGUUUUACCAAUGUUGUGGGUUGAAGAGAGCAUGGAGUUACCUGAAAUGUAUAUAGAAGAACUCAAAGAUGACACGUACAGAUUAGCUAGCUCGGGCAAUAUCAUUAUGAUUACAUCGAUUGUUGUGACUUUUGCGAUUACUGUUCUUUUUGGAGUGCUUCUGGCAGUGAAGUGUUGUCAAAUAUACAAAAUCAAUCGUGAAACAGUAUUACAGAGAGGCGAAAAUCAUAGUUUUGGUAGCCUUAUAUCCUGAUUAUAAAGAGAACAUUUCUUCAAUAAUAAGUACCUUAAGCCGUUCUCGGAUCCACCAUCACUGGGCAACAGUAAAGUCACCACCCCAUCCGGUUCUCUGCACGAUUCCGCCUAUUUCGAAGGAGAAGUAUGAUGGUUCAAUUAACUCUGAACCAUUAAUUAAUGUAAUCAUAUAUUUCAGUUAAAGGAAUUGAGGAGAAAAUAAAACUGUAUAUAGUAUAUAAUAUAACUAAUUUUUAUUAAUUUGCGCUGAUGGAUUGAACAACAACCAUAACCGAAACAAACAAAGAAUAUUUAUAAAGUAGAAACAAAACAUCUUUGAGUAUUAACACUUUGUACUGAAGUACCACAAAACUGUGUACCACGUAAAAAGCUCAGCGAAGUUUUUAAUUUCUAAACAGACACAGAGCUUUUUGUGUUAUUAAUUUUUAUGAUUUGGCGGUGCGAGUUCGAGAAGCUUUUGGUCCACU